CUGACUGAAAAAUACGGGGACAUCUUCAGCUUACAGGUGGGCAGCUUAUCCUUUGUGUUCAUAAGUGGGCUGCGCAUGGUCAAGGAAGUUCUUCUGACUGAAAAAUACGGGGACAUCUUCAGCUUACAGGUGGGCAGCUUAUCCUUUGUGUUCAUAAGUGGGCUGCGCAUGGUCAAGGAAGUUCUUGUAAACCAAGGAGAAAAUUUCAUGGAUCGCCCUGAAAUUCCUAUCCACAAGUUGCUUUUCAGCAAUAUGGGACUUGUCAUCUCCAACGGGCACUUGUGGAAGCAACAGAGGAGGUUCACCUUGACCACCCUCCGAAACUUUGGCCUGGGGAAGAGGGGCCUGGAGGAACGCAUCCAGGAGGAGUGCCGAUGCCUCGUGGAGGUGUUUGGGGAUGAGCAGGGGAAUCCUUUCAACCCUCAGCUGAAAAUCAAUAAUGCUGUUUUAAAAAUCAUUUGCUCUGUCAUCUUUGGCAAUCAGUUUGAUUACCAAGAUGAAGAAUUUCAGAAAUUGCUGCACCUGAUGGAUGAAACAAUUAAGCUUCACGGGACAAUCAUGAGCCAGCUGUACAAUGCUUACCCAUUUAUAAUGAAGUUUUUGCCUGGCUCACACCAAACCAUCUUUAAAAAUGGAAGGUGGCUGAGAAGUUUUGUGAAAGAGAAGAUUGACAAACACAAGGAGGACUGGAACCCCUCGGAGAGCCGGGACUUCAUUGACAGCUACCUGCAGGAGAUAGCCAAGGACACCAGCGACAGCAGCUUCCAGGAGGAAAACCUCGUGGCCUGUGUGCUCGACCUGCUGUUUGCUGGGACCGAGACCACUUCCACCACCCUCCGCUGGGCUCUGCUGUACAUGGCCCUGCAUCCAGAAAUUCAAGCCCGCGUGCAAGCCGAGAUCGACGCCGUCAUCGGGCAGGGCACUAUUGUGCUCACAAAUUUAACCUCUGUGAUGUUUGACAAGAAUGAGUGGGAAACCCCUGACAGUUUUAACCCCGGGCAUUUCCUGAAGGAUGGUCAGUUCUGGAAAAGGGAGGCUUUCAUGCCCUUUUCCAUAGCCACCUUCCCCAGCAUGGGCACACCCAGACUGCGUGUGUCAGCACAGCUGGUCCAGGCAGGGCAGGACACACUCUUCCUCGUCUUCACGGCUCGGCUCCAGAAAUUCACCUUCCAGGCCCCCCCGGGCAUCACACUCAGCAUCCAGCCCAAGCUGGAUAUGACACUGACUCCACAGCCCUACAGGAUCUGUGCCGUGCCUCGGUAG